AUGGGAGCCUGGAAUUUCUUUAGGAUAGCGGGAGACAUUUCCCACAUCCUCUCGAAAUGCAUCCUGAUCUUCGCCAUCCAUCGUAACCGGAGCGCCGAAGGCGUUUCCUGGAUCACACAGGUUCUAUACACCGUGGUAUUCGUCACGAGAUACACCGACAUCUUCUCCGAGAGCUCGUUAUGGAACCUCUUCUUCAAGACAUUCUACAUCGCCUCGUCGAUAUACACCGUUGCUAUAAUGCGCCUACGAUACCCUCGUACGAGGGAGCGCGAGGUCGCUUGGAAGUUGGGCGCCGCCGUGCUGGGUGGCUCGCUGCUCAUCUCGCCCUUUGCCAUGCUGAUCUUCGAGAACAGCUUGGAUUGGGCCUUCUGGCUGUGGGUCUGGGACUUCUCCGAGGUGCUGGAGUCCGUCUGUGUCCUCCCCCAGCUUCUACUCCUCCGACAGACGACCGUGCCGACCGUGAUCAACUCGGGCUACAUUCUGGCCCUUGGCUCCUACAGAGCUUGGUACAUCCUGAACUGGAUCUCGCGCAAGGCGGAUCCCAACGACAACGGCGUCAACACGGUUUCCGUCAUAUUUGGCAUUAUCCAGACGGCUUUCUACGUCGACUUUGCUUGGGUUUACUACUCACGCCAGCGCGUCAAGCUCCGGAACGGUGGUGUUGUGGACGCUGAUGACAUGCGCCGAGGCUGGCUGUUGAGCAAGAUCUUUGGCAAGCGCUUCGAAUCCCUCCCAGAUGACGAGGAGAGCGCCCCGGCGCUUGGCCGCAACGAUGACCCCUCCUCGGGAUCCAGAAGGUCUAAAUGGGGCGCCAGGGGUAUCUCCAUCAGCGCCGAUGAUGAUACCCAUGAGCACGAAGCAAGCCGCGACGACGAUGACGAAUUCACUACGAGCGUCGACCCGGAUGCCAAGAUGAAGGAUCCCGAUGAGCUCGCCAGGGCACUCGACGAUGAUGAGGACGAAGAUGCCCCGUCGGCAUCCUCGCAUGCAGGUACGAACGGGCGUCCCAACGGCCUAAAUAACGGGAGCGAAUGGCGGGAUUAA